UCGUCUUUUGAUUGUGAGAAGUACCACCACCAUCACCACCGGAUUCAUUUUGUGGCUAUUGGUGGUCCGACUGGCGGUGGUUUCAUUUUGGGGGCCGUUCGAACAGAAAUCGUGUGCAUACAUGUUACCAAUAAGAAUGCAAACCCUCAAAUCCAUUCUCUUUCCUUCCUGUUUCCCCAAUCUUCCCUCAGAACUCAAACUGCCAAUUCUCUUUCAUUUCUAUUCUUCUUCUUCUACUUCAAUCUCAAACCCUUUUCUUCACCAUUACCUAAUCAAAACCUUAAAUCUUCCCAAAACCAAAGCCCUCGCUAUCUCUAAUCUAUACUCUUCCGUUAAAUCCCUUGAAAAGCCACAAUCUGUAGUCCACUUCCUCCAAAAUGUUGGAUUUUCUGAUUCCCAAAUCUCUUCCUCAGUCCAGGGUGCACCCAAGAUACUCUUUUUGAAUGUUGAGAAGAUUCUUAAGCCUAAGAUCGAGUUUUUCCAAGGAUUGGGUCUCGUGGGUUCUCAUCUGGGUAAGUUCCUUUCCAAGAAUUCUUGUGUUUUGUAUUCUAGUUUGGAUAAAAGAUUGAUUCCAUGUAUCAAACUUAUCAAGCAAAUUUUAGUGGAUGAUGAGGAUAAUGAUGCCUUAAUUAAGGUUUUACAUAGAAGUAGUAGACUUGCUAUGAUUGAUCCUCAAUCACGGUUGUUGCCCAACAUUCAGUUUCUUGAGAGUUGUGGGAUUUCUGGGCCUCAGCUCUCAAAACUGUUAACUAGGCAGCCUAGGAUUUUCCUGAUGCAACCGUCUGCCUUUAAGGACUUUGUUUCAAGAGUUUUAGAUAUGGGGUUUUCGACGGAUUCAAGGAUGUUGGUUCAUGGCAUUCAUGCUUUUAGCUGCUUGAGUGAAAUGACAUUUAAGAGAAAAAUAGAACUACUUGGGACUUAUGGUUUUUCACAGAGUGAUUGCAUGGAUAUGUUUAGAAGGACCCCUGGUUUGAUUAGAGUCUCUGAGGAGAAAUUGAAACUAGGAAUUCAGUUCUUCAUGGAAACAAUCAAGUUUGACAGGAUGGUGUUGGUUGCCAGACCAGGCAUUUUGAUGUUCAGUUUUGAAGAACGAGUGUUUCCUCGAUACAGAGUCUUAGAGAUUUUGAAUUCAAAGAAGUUGUUAAAGAAGAAGCCUAGUUUUCUCUAUGUCUUGGCGGACUUGACAGAGGAGGAAUUCUUAGAGAAGUUUGUGUCAAGGUUUGAGGAUGAUGCAGCAGAUCUGUUGAUUGCUUAUAAGGCUCGUCUUUUGGAUACUUCUGAUGAAGAAGAAAUAUGCUAGAGACUGACAUUUAAAAAUUUUUGUUUGAUUUGUUUGUUCUUUUGGUGCACAUUGGUUUUAGUUAUUUGAAGAGCUUGGCAUUCAAGUAGAAGAUAAGCAUGUAGGUGAUUUUGAUAGCUCAGAGAAACUGGUGAAGAUUUUGAUAUUGAUGUCAAAAAUGGAGUGUUACUGGUUCAAUACGUAUGAUGGUGCUUUACUUAAUUUAAAUGUUUAAAUGCAAGUAGGCAAUGAUACAGCUUCAGUUCAAUUCCUUGAACUGUGUAGCAGCAAGUAAAUGAUUUUUGGCAUGGGUUAGGCUGAUGAAAUGGGGAUAUGUAUUGUAGCUCAUUUCAGAACAAUAUGGUGCGGCAUGGUACUAUGAAAAAGCAUGUUUGCUAUCUAUCUUAUUGACCUGUUUCUAUUUCCUAGAGAGGUUAAUGAAGAGUUAAUCAUUCA